GCUAGCCUUCCAUCUCCUUCUCCCCUGACUUGUCCCGCGCUCCUCUCCCUCCACUUUCUCCCCACGAGUUUCCUUGCUGCCUUUCUUUCGGGCACGUCUCCUCUUCCUCCUCUUCAUCGUCUCCGCCGUCCUUGGUCACGAGCAGAGCAGGAAGUCUGGUACCGGACGAGGGGAAAGGGCCUCGAUCGAUCGGCACUGUUCUUGGCCUCGGAUCAGCUCAUCUGCAGGGCAGCGGGUCAACACCGCUACUCCGCUAGGCGCCGAAGCGAGGGCCACCCGCGCGCCACAGCGGAAGGAUGGACGGCAACCACGCGCCGCAUUCCAACCAGCACCAGCCGUCGCCGGAGCGGGACGGCAGCUUCAGCUACGACAUAGAGAGCAUGGACGGCGGCGGCGGCGGGUUGCGUGGCGCCGCGUCCGAGGCGCUGCUGCGGUUCGACGACGACGACAGCGGCGGCGGCCCGCGGGAGCCGCUGCUGCGGAAGCGGACCAUGAACACCACCUCCCAGAUCGCCAUCGUCGGGGCCAACGUCUUCCCCAUCGAGAGCCUCGACUACGAAAUCGUGGAGAAUGACCUUUUCAAGCAAGAUUGGCGGUCCAGAAAGAAGAAGCAGAUAUUUCAGUAUGUUGUUCUGAAAUGGGCACUGGUUCUUCUGAUUGGCCUGCUGACUGGGCUUGUUGGUUUCUUCAACAAUCUUGCGGUCGAGAACAUUGCUGGAUUCAAAUUGUUGAUCACGGGUGAACUUAUGCUCCAGAACAGGUACUUCGUAGCAUUUUUGGCAUAUGGAGGCUGCAAUCUAGUCCUGGGAGCCACUGCUGCAGCAAUCUGCGCUUACAUAGCACCGGCUGCUGCUGGUUCUGGAAUUCCUGAAGUUAAGGCAUAUCUUAAUGGUGUUGAUGCUUACUCUAUUUUAGCUCCCAGCACACUCUUUGUGAAGAUAUUUGGUUCAAUACUUGGAGUUUCAGCUGGAUUUGUACUUGGGAAAGAAGGUCCCAUGGUACAUACGGGGGCAUGCAUUGCAAACUUGCUUGGUCAGGGGGGAUCACGCAAGUAUCAUCUUACCUGUAAUUGGCUGAAAUAUUUUAAGAACGAUAGGGAUAGGCGGGAUUUGAUUACAUGUGGUGCAGCAGCUGGAGUAGCAGCAGCAUUUCGUGCACCUGUUGGUGGUGUACUCUUUGCUCUUGAGGAAGCAGCAUCAUGGUGGCGAAGUGCUCUUCUGUGGAGAACAUUCUUUACAACUGCUGUUGUUGCUGUCGUGUUGAAGGCCCUGAUUGAGUUCUGUCGUAGUGGAAAAUGUGGUCUGUUUGGGCAAGGAGGCUUGAUUAUGUUUGAUCUUAGCUCAAACAUCCCGACAUACGGCACCCAAGAUGUCAUCGCAAUUAUAAUCCUUGGAAUAAUUGGUGGUGUCUUCGGGGGCCUCUUCAACUUUCUCUUGGAUAGGAUUCUCCGUGUCUACAGUAUUAUCAAUGAGAGGGGUGCUCCAUUAAAGAUCCUCCUCACCAUCACAAUAUCAAUUAUCACGUCGGCGUGCUCCUAUGGGCUCCCUUGGCUUGCUCCGUGCACUCCAUGCCCUGUUGGUUCCAUGGAGGAAUGCCCCACCAUUGGUCGUUCUGGAAAUUAUAAGAGCUUCCAGUGCCCGCCUGGUCAUUACAAUGGUCUUGCAUCACUCUUCUUCAACACAAAUGAUGAUGCCAUCCGCAAUCUUUUCAGCCGUGGCACCGCGAACGAGUUCCACAUGUCUAGUCUUUUCGUAUUCUUCACCGCUAUUUACUGCCUUGGCCUCUUGACGUAUGGUAUUGCGGUCCCAUCUGGUCUCUUUAUCCCUGUAAUUCUUGCUGGGGCUACGUAUGGACGCAUAGUGGGGACACUUCUCGGCCCCAUGUCUGAUCUUGAUCCUGGCCUCUUUGCACUGCUUGGUGCCGCAUCCUUCCUUGGUGGAACAAUGAGAAUGACCGUGUCAGUCUGCGUAAUCCUUCUGGAGCUUACGAAUGAACUCCAUAUGCUCCCAUUGGUCAUGCUUGUCCUUCUGAUAUCGAAGACCAUAGCCGAUUGCUUCAACAAAGGGGUCUAUGAUCAGAUUGUGGUGAUGAAAGGUUUGCCAUUCAUGGAGGCGCAUGCUGAACCAUACAUGAGGCAGUUGGUAGCUAGUGAUGUCGUGUCCGGGCCACUGAUCUCCUUUUCAGGCGUUGAGAAGGUGGGCAACAUUGUGCAAGCUUUAAGGAUCACGGGCCACAACGGAUUUCCAGUGGUUGAUGAGCCACCUCUAUCAGAAGCUCCAGAGCUGGUUGGGCUGGUGCUUAGAUCACACCUGUUGGUUCUGCUGAAUGGCAAGAACUUCAUGAAAGACAAGGUGAAAACAAGUGGUAGCUUUGUGCUGCGAAGAUUUGGUGCAUUUGACUUUGCCAAGGCUGGUUCUGGUAAAGGUAUGAAAGUCGAGGACCUGGAUUUCACUGAUGAAGAAAUGGAGAUGUAUGUUGAUCUCCAUCCUAUCACAAAUACCUCACCCUACACGGUGGUUGAAACAAUGUCACUUGCAAAGGCUGCAGUCCUUUUCAGGUCACUAGGCUUAAGACACCUCCUGGUUGUGCCAAAGACCCCAGGGAGACAUCCCAUUGUUGGGAUUCUCACCCGGCACGAUCUCAUGCCGGAGCAUAUCCUUGGGCUGUUCCCAAAUCUCCGCAAGUCACACUGAGGGGGCAAAAUCAGAGCACUCAGCAGAUCAUACAAUUUUUUUGUACCUGGCUUGUCAUUUCUCAUGAAGAUGCUUCAUUGGAUCAUGGAAUAAGCUGAUAUAUGUAUUGUAAAGACUUGAUUCCCCAAUCAGCAGUUUCAUUGGAUUUCUUUUUGGUAGCUUAUUAUACUCUUGUGUAGUAACAAACAAUACACCUGCCA